AUGAGCGAUUCCAUGAAGGAAGUUGUCGAGACGCUCGACCCCGUCUCACGACGGCUCAUUCCUCAGAGUAUUGACUCGGGAACUCUCGUACCUCUCAAGACCACCCUGGAGCUGCGUGACAACCUCUCUGUCGGUCUCGCCUAUGUCACACGCGCGCCCACCAAACUUACGAACGAUGUCGUCAACAUUGUGCGAGCCAUGGUCGGUGACGAAGCGGCUAAGAACCUUCCUCACUUGCGCCGGUGCUCGAAGCCGAACGAUCUUCCACCGCAUUUGAAGAACCAAUUCAUGAACGAGGGACAAUCGGGAAGAGCAAUCCACGUUGGGAAAUCACAAUGGCUCUACAUCUUGCUUGGUCCCAAGGAUGACAUGGACUACCAGCAAAUCGUACAAGGUCUGUCUGCGAUUGAUGGCAUUAGGGAUGACAUCUUCGUGGGACUCAUUCCCGUACCUCUGUUGGCUCCUACAUCCCAGGUCCAGGCCAACAUGUGGUCUCAACAGUUUUGGCAGACCGUCUACAGAAAGAACAAUCCUCUCGGUCCCCACCCGAGCAACAUCUGCCGCACCACGGGAGUAGUGUCCCGCGACGCCAACAUCUGGAUGAGCUUGGCUCACCAGGUUGCGAAGAAGGCACACAAGGCCGGCCUUGGAGAGCCCAUUGGGGCCGUCAUCAUCAAGCGCACAAUUCCGUCAACCAAGCCUGAGACGGAGCAGAAAGAAACAGUUGAGGUCGUAGCUCUUGCUGGUGAUGCCCGUUGGUACCGACAGGAGAAAAUUGGUCGUACUGGCAACCCAAUGGCACAUGCCGCCCUGCGAGCCAUCAGCAUGGUGGCACAGAAGCUUGUCCGAGCCGAGAAGCGAGAACCUGCUGCGUCCAAGCCGAUCUUGGAAUUUGAGGCCUUUCAAGACAAACCCUUGCUCAGUGACGAGCAGCUUGUCUUCGAAACCGAGCAUCCCUCCCCUGACGGCUACCUUUGCCAUGAGCUCGAGCUCUACAUGACCCACGAGCCAUGCACCAUGUGUGCCAUGGCCAUUCUGCAUUCCCGAAUGGGCAGAAUUGUCUUCCGUCACCGCAUGCCUCUGACCGGUGGCAUGGGCUCCGAAGAUCGCGGCCAUGAUAUUUGUGGUGCUCACGAGCCGUGCCCUCAGGGUCCUUGUGGUGGCGGUCAAGGUCUCGGGCUGCACUGGCGCAAGGAGCUCAAUUGGAGCAUGCUCGGUUGGGAGUGGGAGACGGAUGAAACCGAGCGUUUGACAGUUGACCCCCAUCUCCAUGCUUAA